GACCAUCGAAACCAUCGGGAUGUCUGCUCAGGACUUGCCACCAGCGAAGAGGCCCGUUGAGGAUGAAGAAGAAGACGAGCCCCAGGUGAAGAAAAAGAAGAAGACCGAAGAGGUACCACAGCGAAUGGAUUGCCCCUACUUGGGUACCAUCAACAGGCAUGUCUUAGACUUUGACUUCGAAAAGCUUUGCUCUAUGACCUUGUCGGGAGACAAUGUUUACUGCGACCUGGUGGACGGCAAGUUCUUCCAGGGUCGUGGGAAGGACACACCUGCAUAUCGUCAUGCCUUGGAGAAAGGUCACUACGUGUGGAUGAAUGCAGCAGAUGGCAAGGUUUACUGCAUCCCAGAUGGUUACGAAGUCGUGGAUAAGUCUUUGGAGGACAUCAAGUACAACCUGCACCCAACGUUCGAUGAGGAGGAGAUCGAGUUUAUGUCUACCCGAGUGCGGUACUCCAAAGCCCUUGAUGGUACUGAUUACAUUCCCGGUUGUAUUGGUCUGAACAACAUCCAGGAUUCCGACUACCAAAAUGUCAUCAUCCAGAUGUUGUGCACCGUUAUUCCGCUGCGGAAUUACCUUCUCGGCUAUGAACCUCCAUCGGAGCGAAAACCAGAUCCGGUGCUCGCCACCAUUGCUCAGCUCUUCCGAAAGAUGUACAAUUCCAGGAAUUUCAAAGGGGUGGUCUCACCACACGAGUACUACCAGGCGGUGGGUCGAGUCACUCAAAAGAAGUUCUAUGCAAAGCAGAUGGACCCAGUGGCAUUCUUCAGUUGGCUGAUGGGAUACCUCCACAGGAAGACCAAGGACAAGAAGGGCAACUCUUUGCUCCACGAUGUGUUUCAGGGCGAAGUGCAGGUGAAGUUGUGCCCGGCACAUGAAGAGUCACGCAUCACCGAAUCCAAAGAGAAGACCAUGUUCCUGACAUUGGAAUUGCCAGAUGAACCACUCUUCAAAGACAAUCUGGAUUUCAUCCCACAGGUGCCUCUCUUCAACCUGCUUGAGAAGUUCAAUGGUGAAAAACCCUUUGAGAAGAUCGCCAAGGGUGGUGAGUCUCGUGAGAUCCGAAGGUACAGUUUGAGGCGGCUGCCACCGUACGUGAUUUGUGUAGUGAAGCGCUUCAGAAAUAACAACUUCUUCGUUGAGAAGAAUCCGACCAUCGUCACCUUCCCUCUAAAAGGCUUGGAUCUUCGUGAUUACAUCCAUCCGGAUUGUCAACCUGCCAACCCAGAGACGAAGUAUGACUUGGUUGCAAACGUUUGCCAUGAUGGCAAGCCGGAGAGAGGAACCUACAAAGUGCAGGUCUUUCAUCAGCCAACCUCGCAGUGGUUCGAAAUCCACGACUUGCGCGUAACUCCAGUGCUGCCCCAAAUGGUGGCGCUCACGGAGAGUUAUAUCCAGGUGUACCAGCGCCAGGACGUGAAACCUGACGGCUCCUUCGGCAAGUUUGAUGCAGAGAUCCCGGAACUGCUGGCAGAGGCAGACCCUGGUGUGGCUGCCGAGAUCGAGAUGGCGCCGGAGGACUUGGCAGAAGCCGGUAUCAUCAUCGGUUGAGGCUACAGCUCGGACAGGCAGGGAAAUUAUCAACAUCAUUCAC